AUUGGCGUUCCAGCGGCUCCCGAAGGCAAACGAAACGGUUAAUGUAAAUAUGCUGCUGCUAAGUGGGUGUGCCUUCCUAUUAUUUUAGCUGUCACUUGAUCAAUGUACAACGUCUUCAACUAAGGUUCACAACAGCCUUCCCUGGACUUACCAUGUGGUCACUCGCCUGGCGCUACCCACAAAAAGGAGGACGGUCGCGGAGGAUGGAAGCUCAGGAUCUUUACUGAGACAACAUCGACACAUCCUCUACAUUGCAAACAACAACACUGGCACACCACAGCUGCAGCCUCUCUUCCAGUGUGAUUUGCAAAAUACCAAUCCAAUACAGCGGACAUUAUUGUGUUCGGUAUUUUAACACAAAAAGGAGCUGUCCAACGUCUAUAAAAAAAAGACUUCCAACAAUGGAGGCGAUUUCCGGUCAGUUGUCAGAGGGAAGAGACUCCAGCUCUUCUCCCAGCUCAAAAGCGGAGCUCCAACCAUUCUCCGGAUCGUCGUCUCUCAAGCCCAACCAAGUCAGCGAGACCAUGCUGUACGGCGUUCCCAUCGUUUGCUUGGUGAUUGAUGGCCAGGAAAGGCUCUGCCUGGCCCAGAUUUCCAAUACCUUACUAAAGAACUACAGCUACAAUGAGAUCCACAACCGGAGGGUGGCCCUGGGUAUCACCUGUGUUCAGUGCACCCCAGUCCAGCUGGAGAUACUGAGGCGCGCAGGAGCCAUGCCCAUUUCGUCCAGGCGCUGCGGUAUGAUCACUAAACGGGAAGCCGAAAGGCUCUGCAAAUCUUUUCUCGGAGCGCACAAUCCGCCCAAACUUCCCGAAAAUUUCGCUUUCGAUGUGUCUCACGAGUGCGCUUGGGGCAGUCGAGGAAACUUUAUCCCGGCGAGGUACAACAGCUCUAGGGCCAAGUGCAUCAAGUGCAGCUAUUGUAAUAUGUAUUUUUCUCCCAAUAAGUUCAUCUUCCAUUCCCACCGCACCCCCGAGGCAAAGUACACCCAGCCGGACGCUGCAAAUUUUAACUCUUGGAGGCGCCACCUGAAACUAUCGGACAAAAACUCUUCCGAUGACCUGGCCCACGCUUGGGAGGAUGUGAAGGCCAUGUUCAACGGGGGCAGCCGCAAGAGGAUCCUGCCUUCAAGUGGGUCAGGCGGGUCCUCCUCCCUGAAACCACAGGGCUCCAACAGUAUCACCAGGGGUUCCCCAGAGGUCCCUCACAAAACCAUGCGGUGCGAGGAGGAGAGAGGCAGUCUGAGCAUAGGCAACGGAGUGCGAAACUACCCGGUCAUACCUGUCCCCAGCAAAGGCUUUGGAAUGCUGCAGAAGAUUCCGCCUCCACUGUUCCCACAUCCAUAUGGUUUCCCAGCUUUCGGAUUAUGUCAAAAGAAAGACGACAAUAUAGGGAUUGGUGAGCAAAAUAAGACCAACCUGCCCGGUGUGUUUUGGCCAGGCGCUAAAGACACUCUCUACCCAUCUUUCCCCAUGUUCUGGCCUGCAGGGGGGAACUUUCCCGUGGCCCCUUACCCGCAGACCCAACCGAAACCCACGGUUGAACUCUUGAGCGCCCGGCAAAGCGACAUUGACGCGGCUGAGCAGAGCGACAGGAGCACCAACACCCCAAAAGACAGUUUGCCGGACAGCGAGAGGUGCUCCAGCACUCAUUCCACCAGGAACGAAGAGGACAGGUCAGGGGAUGAGGCCAGGUCUACCGAGGGGGUGUCCCUCACCCCCAGAAAGAUAAGCUACAUCUCUGCUUUCAGACCUGUGAUCAAAGACGCAGAGAGCAUAGCCAAACUUUAUGGCAACCGAGAGGCGUACAACGGAGCCCGCUCCGGGUACCACUCACCAGACUUUAUAAGCGAGAGUUCGAGUUACAGGUCGGUGUCUCCGGGUGUUGACAGUGGGGACGAACCUGAUGUGGACGUGGAGUCAAAUACUAGGUUUCCUGAAGACGACGAGUCUCCCCCGCUGUCUGUCGAGGACAGGCAAAGCCCAGCACUGCCGCUUCUUUCAAAAGAAGGCGUCGAGAAGAGCCACGAACCGCUGCUCGAAAAGGCUACCCUGCAACAGGAAAGCCCAAGAGUGCCCUUCAGUGAACCCAUAUCCUCAGACGAGGAGCGGCACAGCGAGGCCAUUCCAGAGACCGACAAUAGCACAGCAACUUAUGAAGUGUAUACACAUGAAAGAGAAGAGCACUUGCAGAUUCCAAAGAAUCCGUCUACAUUUGCAACCGGACCCAACUAUAUAAAUGAACUAAGUAAGGAAGACGCUAAUUCGACAGAAGAGGAUCAGGAGAUACGAAAAUCUUAUCAGGAUCAAGGAAACGUCUCCCACGAAAGUCCCGCGGGUGUGGAUAGAGGCGAUAACGGGGGUCGAAGCGACAUGGGGAGAGGCCAAUUGAUUGAGAAAGAUAUUGAAAACAUGGCUAAAGAUACUUUGUGUAACGAGCUGGAUCAAGAGAGGAAGGCGCGGUAUGCUAUUCAACAAAAACUAAAAGAAGCACACGACGCCCUUCACCAUUUCUCCUGUAAGAUGCUGACUCCUCGCCACUGCACCGGGAACUGCUCCUUCAAACCGCCCCUUCUACCGCAGUGACGGGCGACCAGAACCCCCGAGCCCCGGACACUAGCACAAGCCAUUCUCUACGCGUGUCAACACGUGAAAGGACACCUUCACUGCAACCUCGAUUCAUGUGGAGAUUGUACAUAACGACAGACACCACGUUCUUCGUUUUUUCCCUGUAUCUGGACUGAGCAAGCCAUUUAUACACUUGUAAAUACUAUGAAUAUUAUGAUACAGUAUGAUGCAAUUUCAGGGCAACACGACACACGAGCUAAAUAAUUGAGUCGAAAGAUAUAGGCUAAAUAAAUUAUAAUUUAAAAACAAACAUGGCACAAUGAAAUUCCAGGCUCAAUGUAUGUACUGUAGAUUGUUAAUAUAAAGCUAUAAAGAGACCUCUGUAAUGAAUUUUAUAUGUUUGUGUGCCGACCACCACUUCUUUAAAUGAACAUUAAUAUAACACGUGGCUACGUGCAAUGAGUAGAAAUGUACUGUGAAUUUGUUGUAAACAGUAUUUGUUGGAUUAUUUAUUUAUUUAUUCAAUUAUUUAUUUUAAUGAUUUAUUUAUUUGCGUUCAGCGUAUCAGAAGAUAUACUGUGUAAUAUUGAUGUCAAGCACUUUAAAUAAGGCAACUCCAUUGACUUCUCUGU